GCCGGCAGGGAGGCUGGCUCUGGCGCACCUGCUGCAGGUGCGUCUGGCGGACCUGAACUUGCAAGGGGCGCGCCGGGCCCGCACUGCCGAGAAGAUGCGCGAGCGCACAGUGCGGCUGCAGUACGGGAGCCGCAUCGAGGCGGUGUACGUGCUGGGCACGCACCUCUGGACCGACGUCUACAGCGCGGCUCCUGCCGGGGCACAGACCUUCAGCCUGAAGCGCACGGAGCAUGUGCAGGUGGAGGUGGUUCGUGACGGGCAGGCCGAGGAGGUGGCCACCAACGGCAAGCAGCGCUGGCCCCUGUCGCCCAGCACCACGCUGCGGCUCAGCAUGACGCAGGCGAGCGCCGAGGCCAGCAGCGACAAGGUCACGGUCAGCUACUACGAGAAGGAAGGGAGCACCCCCAUUGACCAGGCUGGGCUCUUCCUCACGGCCAUCGAGAUCUCCCUGGAUGUGGAUGCAGACCGAGAUGGCGUGGUGGAGAAGAACAACCCCCGGAAGGCCUCCUGGAGCUGGGGCCCCGACGGCCAGGGCGCCAUCCUGCUGGUGAACUGUGACCGAGACACACCCUUGCUGCCCAUGGAGGACUGCAGUGACCAGAAGGUCUACAGCAAGGAAGACCCGUUCUUCGGCCAGCGUUACGUCCACAUCCUGGGCCGGAAGAAGCUGUACCACGUGGUUAAGUACACGGGCGGCGUGGCGGAGCUGCUGUUCUUCGUGGAAGGUCUGCGCUUCCCCGACGAGAGCUUCUCGGGCAUGGUCUCCAUCCACGCCAGCCUGCUGGAGUCUUUGGCCGAGGAGAUCCCCCUGACACCCAUCUUCACGGACACCGUGACAUUCCGGAUUGCGCCGUGGGUCAUGACCCCCAACACCUUGCCCCCCGUGUCGGUGUUUGUGUGCAGCAUGAAGGACAAUUACCUGUUCCUGAAAGAGAUAAAGAACCUGGUAGAGAAAGCCAACUGUGAACUGAAAGUCUGUUUCCAGUACAUGAACCGAGGCGACCGCUGGAUCCAGGAUGAGAUUGAGUUUGGCUACAUCGAGGCACCCCACAAAGGCUUCCCUGUGGUGCUGGAUUCCCCCCGAGAUGGAAACCUGAAGGACUUCCCCAUCAAGCAGCUCUUGGGCCCAGACUUCGGCUACGUGACCCGGGAACCCCUCUUUGAGCCUGUCACCAGCCUCGAUUCCUUCGGAAACCUGGAGGUCAGCCCCCCAGUGACUGUGAACGGCAAGACCUACCCGCUGGGCCGGAUCCUCAUCGGGAGCAGCUUUCCUCUGUCUGGUGGUCGGAGGAUGACCAAGGUGGUGCGGGACUUCCUGCAGGCCCAGCAGGUACAGGCACCUGUGGAGCUCUACUCGGACUGGCUGACUGUGGGCCACGUGGAUGAGUUCAUGACCUUCGUCCCCAUCCCGGGCACAAAGCAGUUCCGGAUGCUCAUGGCCAGCACCUCUGCCUGCUACAAGCUCUUCCGGGAGAAGCAGAAGGAAGGCCAUGGGGAGGCUGUCAUGUUCAAAGGUUUGGGCGGGAUGAGCAGCAAGCGAAUCACCAUCAACAAGAUUCUGUCCAACGAGAGCCUUGUGCAGGAGAACCUGUACUUCCAGCGCUGCCUGGACUGGAACCGUGACAUCCUCAAGAGGGAGCUGGGGCUGUCAGAGCAGGACAUCAUCGACCUGCCCGCUCUGUUCAAGAUGGACGAGAACCGCCAGGCCCAAGCCUACUUCCCGAACAUGGUGAACAUGAUCGUGCUCAACAAGGACCUGGGCAUCCCCAAGCCCUUCGGGCCGCAGGUGGAGGAGCAGUGCUGCCUGGAGGCGCAUGUGCGGGGGCUGCUGGAGCCCCUGGGCCUGAGCUGCACCUUCCUGGACGACAUCUCCGCCUACCACAAGUACCUGGGGGAGGUGCACUGCGGCACCAACGUGCGCCGGAAGCCCUUCGCCUUCAAGUGGUGGCACAUGGAGCCCUGACCUGCAGGCCUCAGCCCCCGCCCCCCAUGCCCAGGCCCCUCGCGCCCCUCUGAGCCUGCCCCUGCCUGACAGGGAGGCUGGACAGGCCCCUGGAGACCUUCGGGAAGGAGGGAGGGGUUAGGGCCUCUGUGCCUCAGCCUCCCUUAGAAGACCUCAGCGCCCCGAAGCCACCCCAUGAGCCUCACUCUGUCCUUCCCAAAGAUAUCUGGGCCUUUGGCCAGUGGGUGGCCAGCCCUGCCGGGAAAAACAAAACCCAGCAAAAAACCAUGGGCCCAAACCACCCCCCAAAGACCCUCAGGCUCUUGUCCAAAACUGAAAGAAGGGGAGGAAAAGCAGGGUUUAGGGUGGCCAGUUCUCCUGGCCAUGCCCCAAAGUCCUGGGAAUAACGCGGGAGAGAGACCCUCAGCUCCUGCCCCCUGUUGCUCCUUUCUAGCCUCUCCUGGACCCCCGGGCUUUCUCGCUGCGGUGUGGACACCAGUCACCAGCCCCACUGAGGGGCCCAUAAUUUAGUGGCUUAGAACCUUCCCUGGAAACAGAUUUUGCCAGCACCCUCUCCCUUUUUGAGGGGCCUCUGUGCCCCAUCUUUCUCAUGGACACAGAGUCUCCCAGAGGCUUCGGGGUUUCUUCCAGACCAGCCUCCUUACCACCUCGGCCUUGAGUGUGGAAGGGGAGCGCAGGGCCAGCCAGGUCCACCUCCUUCCUGCUUCCCGACAGCAGCCAGUCCCUCCUCUCGUCACCUCCACUUCCUCCCAGUUCCUGAUGCCAUCUGCAGGCAGCUACCCCAGGGCUGCUCCUCACCAGUCCAGCCCCGACCUUCCCCCAGGACAUAGACACCCUCACAUCAGGCCACACCGCUGAGGACACUGUCCUGGCCUCCAGCCGGUGCUGGACCAGCCACUGACCACCGAGACGGACUAGUUAUCCCACUCACCAAUGCCUCUCUGAUUUGGACAUAACCAGAAAAUUCCCUGGUCCCAACUUGAAAAGUCUCAGUUUCAACCAACAAAAGUUCCUUUAGGGCUAACUGGUGUCAAGUGAAUCUUAAUUCCACUUUUUAAAAGUACUCACUUAUAGCCAGUGAAAGGGAACAGAAUUUUCUUCUUAGAUUACUUCAUUUAUUCAGUCAACAAACGUUUGUUGUCUGCCUACUCGGUGCCAGUUACAAUGUUGGUUCUGAGGAUACUGUGGCUAGCAGCAAGUGGGCCAGAUCCUUGUCUGAUAGCACUGGUCAGUUCCUGGCACAUAAGGCCCACGUUUCAAUGGCCAGCAUUUGUACCUUCCGGCCAAAGAAUUUCUGUUCUUCAGAAACGCCAGGCCUCUCUUCAGGACUAGCACAAGGCACAGAGCUCCCAGCUAUGUAUCUCAGUGUCUUGCUGUCUCAGUGAAUGGGGUUGGGGGUCUUCUCUAAACAGGCCUGCUCCCUGCCGCUGGGCCAGAGCCACCCAGACCCUAGAACCUUCUGAAACUGUUGUCCUUUUGUGGGGACAAUGGCCCACGCCUUUAGGGGCCAAAGCCCCCACUCUCCAGCCCCUGAGCUGGAGACGCCAAGUGCCUAUUUUGAGGGUGUUUAUCUGGAGACUUAGAAUCUGUCCAGCAUGUUCGGUUACUUAAUGUGAGUUUGGGGACUUUCUCUCACUGUUUGCUAAUCUCCCUUAAGGGACACGAGCGUGCGCCAUGGGGAAGCCUGUGUGUUUGUGGAUUUCCCGAAGGCUCUCCCUUUCAUCGAUAUCCCUGUCAUCUGGUGUUUAUGGAGCCCCAGAACCCAGACACCUGUCCCUCCUUGUUGCCCAGUGUGAGCAGCCUCAGAGUGAAUAUCACCUCGCCCCCACGGAUGCAUCACUCUUCACCGUCCCCCACUUUCUAUAAAUGUAGGCCCAGAUCACACUUCCAUGUUGCAAAACUCAGCCAAGUUCCUAUUUCGAGCUUCAUUUAGAAAUAGUGUAUGCAAGAGGACAGGGGUGUUGGGAGGAUGGCAAGAAGCGGGGCACAGUUUCAGCUUGCUGGACAGAGGCCAUGGUGGAGCUUGAAAGAUGUUCAGGGGAAACCUGAAUUAAACAGCAAUAAAAUAACAGUCAAGUGGCUGUGGUUGUGAUGCUUGUUGCUGCUCUUAAUGCUGCCUGGAGCACUGCAGACCCUCUCCUGGCCUGCAGAUCCCGUCUUUCUGGGUACAGGACCAGGCCUCUCAAAAGGGUAUCUUAAGGCUUGCAGUCCUCCACCCUCACCAGCGGGGCGCGGCACGGCCACCACGCAAGGUCAAGACCAAUACCCAUGACAAAAUCUGAGUAUGCUUUCUGGUACAAUGCCCAAGAAGCAGGCCCUGAGGUGAGCAUUUGCAAACAGGAGAUUUGUUAAGAAAACACCUCGAGGAGGGCCCUCCCUGGUAGCACAACGGAUCAAAGCACAGCACCACAA